AUGUUCAAAUCAAUUGCCGGACUUGUUGCUCUGGCAGCCUUGGUAACAGCCCAUGGAGACCAUGAUCAAAUCCCCAUAGCCGGUCCCCACAAAGACUUUUGGUACAAUACUCUACCAGGUGAUGGAGGCACUCAGGCCGAUUCGGUGUUCUCUGGAAUAUCCACCUUCGGCCGCUUGCCCUACUCCCCAUGCCUCUCCACCGAUGAUGUGAAAUACGAUAUUGCUUUUCUUGGAGCUCCCUUUGAUACUGGGACAUCCUACCGACCGGGUGCCCGAUUUGGCCCCAGUGGUAUUAGACAAGGUUCUCGUCGUCUCAACCUCUAUGGGGGUUACAAUGUGCCACUCCAGGCCAAUCCAUUCUCUGGUGAGAUGAAGAUACUCGACUGUGGAGAUAUCCCCGUGACAUCAUACGAUAAUGAGUUUGCAAUCCGGCAAAUUGAAGAAGGACACAACAGCGUCUUGAUGCGCCGGCCAUACACGGAUGCGGAUAAGACGGGCCUCUCUCAAGCUGGCAAGACUCUACCUCGCGUCAUCACCCUAGGAGGAGAUCAUACCAUCACUCUACCUCUGUUGCGAAGCAUAAACCGAGCCUAUGGUCCUGUUACCGUCAUCCACUUUGACAGUCACCUUGACUCGUGGAAGCCGAAGGUCUUCGGUGGCUCUCCAAGUGAGGUUGCCGCCAUUAACCACGGAACCUACUUCUACCACGCCGCCAUGGAGGGACUGCUGAAGAACGACACAAACAUCCACGCCGGUAUUCGCACCACCGUUUCUGGACCCUCCGACUACGAGAACGAUGGCUAUUGUGGAUUUGAGAUUGUCGAAGCUCGCGAAAUUGAUACAAUUGGUACCGACGGCAUCAUCAAAAAGAUUCGAGACCGUGUUGGUACUGAGAACCCCGUUUACCUCUCCAUCGAUAUUGAUUCUAUUGACCCCGCCUUCGCACCAGCAACUGGUACUCCCGAAACGGGCGGCUGGUCGACUCGCGAGCUAAGAACUAUCAUUCGUGGCCUUGACGGAAUCAACUUCAUCGGUGCCGAUAUUGUUGAAGUUGCACCGGCCUACGAUACGAAUGCGGAGCUGACUACCAUGGCUGCUGCCGAUGUCUUGUAUGAGGUUCUCACCAUUAUGACGAAGAAGGGGCCGCUGUCUGUUGGCGGUGCAACCCACGAGCUGUGA